AUGUGGUCUCUUUGUAUGACGCUGGUACUGCUGUGCGCAGGAGUUCACAGCCAAAGGAACGCUGCCUCUUUCUCUCUCAACUCAGAUGGAACUUCACUCUUUUCCAGCAAACUGGGAUUAGCUCACAAUGACAAGAACGCCCUCAGUGCAUUGUUCUCUAAAUCUUCAAAUGGAGCCAUCGGUAAAGGAUUUGCUCUUGAUACUGCGAGUGGCCACGGGUUGUCGUUGACGCACGCAAGUGUACCAGGCUUCGGCACACAGUUGACUGGCGCUGGGAAGUUUAAUUUAAUUAACAAUGCCAACCAUAAUUUGAACGCGAACGGCUUCCUCACCAGGAAUAUGCCUAACAUCCCCGAAGUUAAAGUGCCCAACUUCAACACUUAUGGAGGCAAUCUGGACUAUAUGUUCAAGAACAAAGUUGGUGCUACCAUUGGUGCUGCUAGAACUCCAUUCUUAGAUCGCACCGAUUACUCAGCGAUGGGCAAGCUGAACCUGUUCCAUUCACCGUCGUCAUCUAUAGACCUCAGCGCUGGUGUCUCCAAGUCAAUAUCCCCACACUUCAACACCAACUGGCAACCUUCAGGUGGAUUGACCUUCACCAAAUUCUGGUGA